AUGGCUGCUGGUGGCCUUUCCGGGACUUUGGCCGAGAUUCACUCCGAUGCCCAGGUCCUGGGUAGGCUGACGGCCAGUGGCGAAUCCCCAGGCGACGAGGUACAAAGUGCAAAGACCUCUUUCGUACUUCCCGCCAUCCUAUGGUACGUCUUAGCCUACGACAGCCUCCCUGAAGCAUUGGCUGCUUCCGCUGAACUCGGCGGAUCUGGGAGCUCUGCCCGGGCCUUGUUCGUGGGCCUCUUGAUGGCCGCCCGGGAUGGCUUACCAGAGGAGCUGGAAGGACAUGCUCCACCGCCACACCUUCCGUUAUCUUUCCGGCCUGUUCUUCUUUCAGGGGCGGCGCUCAAACUUUGUCGUCAUCCAGGUCAUUGUCAAAGCCAAUCUAGAGAUUUGAAUGGGGUGGAGACUGAAGCUGCUGUGCUGCCGCAAGACCAGUGCGGAGAGGGCCGCCAUUGCUAUCGCAUCUUCAUGCGGUUCGACGGGUCCAGACUCCUGGGCAAGGCGCAACCCAAAGAGGCGCCAGAUGACUGGGACGAGGAGGAGGAUGGGCCAUGGAGGCCCGAAGAGUUGGGGGCGUCCUGUGUGGCCCGUUAUUUCCAGUUCAUCACUGAAAGUGGACGUCAUGCCCCAUUCGGGCUAUGGCCCGCUGAUUCCAUGUGUAAGUUCUUGCCGGAACUUCCUGUAUGGCAUGACUCCUUCGAGGUUUCCACGCCCGAGCCGCUCUCCGGACUCAUUGGCGGCGCUGUGCUCCGCGCAGGAACUCACCGAGUGGAUAUCAAGAUCCCGAGCCUGUCGAUGCGAGAGCCGAAGCGCCCCGACUGGGCCAAGCAAUGCACUCAUGUCGGCAGAGUGAAGCUGCCCCAGGGAGAAUGGAGCUUUGGAACUUCGUGA